AUGUCUUCGUCUUCGACGUUCCACUAUAUGGGCGUCACGCCUCGUGACCACGGAGCCUACAUCGUCAUCACGGCAGUCGUAGGGGUGACAUGGACGGUGCUGGUCUAUUGCAUCCGGCUCUACAUUAGACUCAACUUCAACGGCCCCUUUGGUUUUGACGAUGCCUCGGCGUCCUUUGCCACUGUCGUUGGCAUUGUGCAGUCUGCGGUGACGCUGAUCGCGGUUCGCAAUGGACUUGGGAAAGCGGAAGAUUUGCUGUCCCCCGACGAGCUCGAAGCAGCCAUGAAGCUCAACUACGCGGCGAGCCUGCUAUACAUUGUGGCCAUUUGCGGGUCCAAGUGCGCCAUGUUCCUCUUGAUGGCUCGGUUGACACGGCAGUCUCAGAACAUGUCACUGAACUUUACGCAGUGGACGGUCGUGGAGACGUUUAGCAUCUUGAUCGAAGUGGUCGUCUCGGGCAUGGCCGUUGCGUUGGUCUGGGAUCUCAGAAUGACCUUCAAGGUCAAGGUGGCGGUCGUGUGCGCCUUCUCAGCGCAGCUGCUCGUCAUCGUCCCCGUCAUCUUCCGGCUCAUCUUUGUGCGUCGGUCGCUGGGGACGUCCGACAUUACGUUUGCCUGGACGGAGAUGGCGCUGACGACACAGAUCGUGAUGCACUUCUCCAUCAUGGCCGCAACGUUCCCGUGCCUCCGCCAGUUCCUACAAGCGUUCGACUCGGGCUUCGGAGCUACGACGAAGAUGGAGACGCAGACGGGUUCGGGUAGUCGGACCCACAACAGCUACGCGAUGCAGUCCCUCAGGUCCAAGCGAGGAGACGAGGGGCCCGUCAACGGGACGGAUGGAGAUGAAGGAGUAGGAGCAGCACGUGGAGCAGUACUGUACAACACCAGCGGGGCGAUGGCGAGGCUGCGGCCGGAUCGCACAACCGAAAUCGUGACGCAUGCGACGGCCGAGGGGCCUGACCGAGCCGGUGACGAGGACCGCAGCAUCGACAGCGUCGGCAGCGACAAGGCCAUCAUCUGGAGGACAAGGGAGUUUGAGGUGCAUUACGGAGACCGGGAGAGAGACGGCUGA